GCAGCCUGCCGGAGCCGCUCUAAGACAACUUACACAGACAAAGGAGAAAAGCCCGAAGGAGGCAAAUUUCUCCACUUCCACUCUCUCACAUUCUGGGUUGGAAAUGCUAAGCAGGCUGCCUCGUUUUAUUGUAACAAAAUGGGAUUUGAAGAACUGGCCUAUAAGGGCCUGGAAACUGGCAGCAGAGAAGUGGUGUCUCAUGUAAUAAAGCAGGAUAAGAUCAUAUUUGUCCUCUCAUCUGCUCUCAACCCUGAAAACAAAGAAAUGGGAGAGCACUUGGUGAAGCAUGGAGAUGGCGUAAAAGACAUUGCGUUUGAAGUCGAAGAUUGCGACUUCAUUGUGCAGAAAGCUAAAGAGCGUGGGGCAGUGAUAGUGAAAGAGCCCUGGGUAGAGGAAGACAAAUAUGGAAAAGUGAAAUUUGCAGUCAUCCAGACGUAUGGAGACACGACACACACGUUAAUAGAAAAUCUUAACUACAAAGGUCUCUUCUUACCUGGCUUUGAGCCACCUCUCUUCAAAGACCCACUGUUACCAAAGCUACCAAGUGGCAAGCUGAGUUUCAUUGACCAUGUGGUGGGGAACCAGCCGGAUCUUCAGAUGGUCCCUGUGGCAGAAUGGUACCAGAAGAACCUUCUGUUUCAUCGGUUCUGGUCUGUGGAUGAUAAACAACUACACACACAGUUCAGUGCCCUGCGUUCCAUUGUGGUCGCCAACUAUGAAGAGACCAUAAAAAUGCCCAUAAACGAGCCAGCAGUGGGCAAGAAAAAAUCCCAGAUUCAGGAAUAUGUGGAAUACUAUGGAGGAGCUGGAGUCCAGCACAUUGCUCUGAAUACCCCCGACAUUAUUACUGCUGUCACCAACCUGAAACAACGGGGCAUGGAGUUUAUGACGGUUCCAUCCACUUACUACCAGCAACUGCGAAAGAAUCUGAAAUCUGCCAAAAUCAAGGUUAAGGAAAACAUCGACAAACUGGAGGAACUGAAAAUCUUAGUUGACUUUGAUGAGAAAGGAUACCUGCUUCAGAUCUUCACGAAACCUGUUCAGGAUAGACCCACUGUCUUUCUGGAGGUCAUACAGCGCCACAACCACCAGGGAUUUGGUGCUGGAAAUUUCAAGUCUUUGUUUCAAGCUAUAGAAGAUGACCAGGAUGCAAGAGGAAACCUUACCAUACUGACAGCAAAUGGAGAAACUAAUUUCAUCUAGAGCCUCUCAGCAAGAGAUAGGCAGCAGACACAAUUACUUUCAUAUAUAAAAGUGCCUAUACAAUAAAAAAAAAAUCCCCAAUAAUUUGGGUAAUUAGCCCAACACUAAGCGUAUAAACCAAGGAAAUUCACCGUUAAGCUUGGGCGGCAGGUAUAAUAGGCCGCCCAAGGGUGGCUAAGGCUCCCCUAACCCAGGCCAUGGCCCAGCCCACACUCCGCCCUGAUGCCCCGCCUCUCUCUCCCCCUCACCCCCGAUGCUCGUGGGGUCUCAGCUCAGAGAGGCCCGGGGGUCGGGCCGGCGCGGCGGGUCAGUUUGGGCUGGGCCGGUUCGGGGUGGGUUGGGCCAGCGGGCCGGGUAGGUUUGGGCCGGGCUGGUGUGUCGGGCCGGGUCGGGUCAGGGUGGCACGUUGGGUUGGUUCAGGUUGUCGUGUUGGGUCGGUUCAGGUCGGGCUGGCAUGUUGGGUCAGUUUGGGCUGGUGCACAGGUUGGUUUGGUCUGGGCUGGCGCGUCAGGUCGGUUCAGGUCGGGCUGGGCGGGUGCGUCAGGUCGGGCUGGACCAGAGCCUCGGGUUGGGGUGGGCCGGUGUGUCGGGUCGGUUCCGGUUGGACUGGCACGUCGGGUUGGUUUGGGCUGGUGCGUCGGGUCGGAUCGGGCUAAACUUUUAAACUUAAAAGGAAUCCAAAUGUGAUAUGGUACGGCAAUGUAAUUAGGGCAUUCCAACAACCAUAACUCUACCCUCCACUGACAUGGGGGGGCAGGAUUUAAAAAUAAUCAAAUGUCUUUAAAAUCAGUUUAAUCCAAUCUGGGCUGCUAAAUACUAAAAUGCCUUAAUCAGCACUACAGGGUAGUGUUCAGGUUUCUGCUGAAGAAGGAAUUUCAGUUAUAAAGAAUAACAGGGAGAAACAACCCAUUAACCCUAAUGAACUAUUUGCAUGUUACGUACACACAAGAUUUCAGCAAAUUUUAACUAUAUGAGAAAUGCAAAGAGGGCAGAGUUAAGGUUUGGUGCCCUAACUGCAUGUCCUACCUUAAAAUGUUUGGAUUUCUUUUAAAUGUAAUCUUACCUGUGAAUUUCCUGGGUUUCUAACACUUGGUUUUGGGAUAAUUACAACGUCCCUGUCAUGUGGUUUAACCUAAACUGCCAAUAUAUGCUCUCAACCUUAACUCCACUUUAAUGUAGUUAUUGUCUAAUUCAUUUUAAUUCCUAAGCUAAUUAACAUGUACAGUCUCAGAAAAUGUGUUCUGUACUCAAAGGGUACGUGCGGUAACUUUGGGGAGGAUGCAGUGGAUUGUCCAUACGUUAUAAAGGGGUUGAAUCCCUGCUUUAAGUGCAA